AUGGCGGGGUCUGGCUGCGUGUGGGGCGCGGAGCCGCCCCGCUUCCUGGAGGCCUUCGGGCGGCUCUGGCAGGUGCAGAGCCGGCUGGGCAGCGGCUCCUCGGCCUCCGUGUACCGGGUGCGCUGCUGCGGGACUCCCGGAUCGCCGCCCGGGGCCCUCAAGCAAUUCCUGCCGCCCGGCACCACCGGGGCCGCGGCCUCGGCCGCCGAAUACGGCUUCCGCAAGGAGAGGGCGGCGCUGGAGCAGUUACAGGGCCACCGAAACAUUGUGACCCUAUAUGGAGUAUUUACGAUACAAUUUUCUCCAAAUAUGCCAUCACGUUGUCUGCUUCUUGAACUACUGGAUGUCAGUGUUUCGGAACUACUUUUAUAUUCUAGUCACCAAGGGUGUUCCAUGUGGAUGAUCCAGCACUGUGCCAGAGAUGUUUUAGAGGCCUUGGCUUUUCUUCAUCAUGAGGGUUAUGUCCAUGCAGACCUAAAGCCACGUAAUAUACUAUGGAGUGCAGAGAACGAGUGCUUUAAACUCAUUGACUUUGGUCUUAGCUUCAAAGAAGGCAAUCAGGAUGUAAAGUAUAUUCAGACAGACGGGUAUCGGGCUCCAGAAGCAGAAUUGCAGAAUUGUUUGGCCCAGGCUGGGCUACAGAGUGAAACAGAAUGUACCUCAGCUGUUGAUUUGUGGAGCCUUGGAAUCAUCUUACUGGAAAUGUUCUCAGGAAUGAAACUGAAACAUACAGUCAGAUCUCAGGAAUGGAAGGCAAACAGUUCAGCUAUUAUUGAUCACAUAUUUGCCAGUAAAGCUGUGGUGACCUCUGCAAUCCCAGCCUAUCACCUCAGAGACCUUAUCAAAAGCAUGCUUCAUGAUGACCCGGGCAGAAGAAUUCCAGCUGACAUGGCACUGUGCAGUCCCUUCUUUAGCAUUCCUUUUGCCCCUCAUAUUGAAGAUUUGGUAAUGCUUCCUACUCCUGUGCUAAGACUGCUGAAUGUUUUGGAUGAUGACUAUCUUGAGAAUGAGGAAGAAUAUGAAGAUGUGGUAGAAGAUGUGAGAGAGGAGUGUCAGAAGUAUGGACCAGUGGUGUCUCUGCUUGUUCCAAAGGAGAAUCCUGGCAGAGGUCAGGUCUUUGUUGAAUAUGCAAAUGCCGGCGACUCCAAAGCUGCCCAAAAAUUACUGACUGGAAGGAUGUUUGAUGGGAAGUUUGUUGUGGCCACAUUCUACCCACUGAGUGCCUAUAAGAGGGGAUAUCUGUACCAAACCUUGCUUUAAUCACUGACCUGCUGUCAGGAGACUUCUUGAAGCUCCUCUUAUUCCAUUUUCUAGGUUAUUGUGUUUCCCAUCUGAAUGCAAAAGAAGCUUACCAUCCUAAUGGGAGUAAUUUGUAUAUUUAAUCCUAUUGGCCUACCGCGUUUUCCAAACAGUGAUUGCAAACUAAAUCCUAUUUCAUACUGGGUAGGACAGGACCUUCUGCCUAAACACUGAAGUGUUUUAUAGCAUUCAUGUGACAUCCCUUGUCUCAGCAGUAGGGCAGGUGCUGACAUUCAAUAUAGAAUCCAGAAAAAAGUAAUUCA